UUAAUUUCCAAUUUAUUUUUUGAUUACACAUAGUUUCUCUUCAUUCAUCUCUUUCUCUCCCCGUCUUUUCUUGUUCCUAUAAUCAUGUCCGUCCAAUAAAACCCUAAUUUUAUCUUUCCUUGCGUCGUUUCACUCCAUUACAGAGUUGUAGAAUUUAGCUUGCCAAAAAGUGUGAAGAUUAGGGUUUGUUCUAGAUGUCCUACAAUCAAUCCAGACCCGACAGAAGCGAGACUCAAUAUCGUAGAACUGGUCGAUCCACCGGUAACCAACAACAACAACAACAACACCGAUCUUCUUCCGCCGCCGGUUACGGUAAGGGCGCCGGCGCUCCUGGUUCUGCGCCUGCCCCUUCCACUUAUCCUGAUAAUUCUUCCUUGUCUUCCAAUCGCAGUUUUAAGAAGCCCGGCAAUGCUCAAGGAGGAGGGCAGCCUCGGGUGAAUCUGCCACCUGUGAAUCAUCCUAAUAAUCACAACAAUGGUCCCAAUGCUCACUCUCGCUCUCAAGGAGAACCGGGUGUUGGUGGACCAACCAAUCCAACUGAAUCGUUCAACAGAAACACCGGACCUAUUCCAAAGGCUCCAACUUCUCAGUCUACCGUCAUGAGUUCCAAGAUCAAUGAGACGCCCAACACAGCUAAAGUGGCAGCCUCUGGAGACGCUUCUCAGGCAUUUCCUCUCCAGUUUGGGUCACUUGGUCCUGAUUUGAUGGUUCCUGCUCGAACUACCUCAGCACCUCCGAAUAUGGAUGACCAGAAACGUGCCCAGAUGCAGCAAUCUUCUUUAAGAACGGCGUCAAAUGUGCCAGCUUCUGUACCCAAAAAAGAUUCAUCAAAUAAGGGUGCAGAUAAUCAAUUGAUGAGGAAAGAGGGGCACAAUCCAUCGAGUGAAAAAGCUGAUAUCCAAGUCCCACAUAUAGCCCCUCCAAGUCAAACGCAGAAGUCUCCAAUUACAAAUAUUCGCAUGCCUUCUGUGCAGACACCAUAUCAGCAUACUCAGGUCCCUCACCCUGUACAUUUUGGUGGGCCGAAUAUGCAUAUGCAGACUCCCGUGACUGCAACCUCGUUUCAGAUGCCAAUGCCAAUGGCAUUAUCUAUGGGAAAUACUCCUCAAAUCCCGCCGCAGGUGUUUUAUCAGGGACAUCCACCACAUCCGAUGCAUCAUCAGGGUAUGAUGCAUCAGGCUCAGGGACAUGGUUUUGCAACUCCAAUGGGUGCUCAGAUUCAUCCUCAGUUAGGCCAUGUGGGUGUGGGUUUGAGCCCUCAGUAUCCCCAGCAGCAAGGUGGAAAAUAUGGUGGGGCACGCAAGACCACCCCUGUAAAGAUUACACAUCCUGACACACACGAAGAGCUGAGGCUUGAUCGACGUGGUGACCCGUAUUCAGAAGGCGAUUCAACGGCUUUAAAACCACAUUCUAACCCACCUCCCAGAUCACAGCCAGUCUCAUCAUUUGCUCCAAGACCAGUCAAUUUGGUGCAACCCUCAUAUAACUCCAAUACCAUGAUAUAUCCCCCGGUUUCGGUACCGUUAAAUAAUGGUCCAAUGUCAUCCGCUCAGGCACCGAGAUAUCAUUACCCAGUUAUUGAUGGGUCUCAGAGAGUACAACUUAUCAACCAACCUGCUCAUACUGCUCCACAGCUUAUCAGACCCGCUGCUCCUGCACAUCUUUCCUCUGAUUCGACUUCCUCUGUGAAAGCACGCAAUGCCCAAAAUGUAAUGUCAUCUGCUCUACCUGUAAAUGCGAAGGUAUCAGUGAAGCCAGCUGGGGUUUCUGAAAAGCUUGGAUCACCAAAAGACAGGUCACAUGGAGAAGUUAACAUUUCUCUGUCACAAAAGAACGUGGAGGCAUGUUCGUUGAGCUCUUCCCAGCAGCCGAAACCUAGCUUUGUCUCUGGAGUACCAAAUUCGUCUGCUCCGCCAGCAAAGUCGCCUGUGGAGACUGUUCCGCUAGCAAAGUCGUCUGUGGAGACUGUUCCGCCAGUAAAGUCGUCUGUGGAGACUGCUCCAGUUACAACGACUGAAAUCAGAAGAGCGGAAAUGGUGAGUGAGUCGAUCUCAGUUGAAGAUCAGACAUGUAAGGUGGAACCCCCUCAUAAUCUGACUGAGAAUCGUGGACAGACUAUGCCAGACUCUCUGGUCUCUGAUCCUGAAACAGCAACCGUUGCUGCCAAGGAAAAUUUAUCACUCCCAGCUACCAACGGGUUUAGGAAGCAACUCCUGAAGGUGUCUACUACAUCUGAUGCUCCAACUUCUGACUCAGUAGAUACAAGUAUUGACAAAUCUACGGAAGGUUCAAGCCAUGCCUCAUCGGAGAUUUCUGGUUCUUCACCGCAAGAGAAAGACCUAAAAUGUGAUAACCGGACUGCUUCUGACAAGCUCGAUGAAAGGUCUGUAAUUUCUGAUGCAAAACACGAAACACUGUCAGGUGUGCUUGAGAAGGCACAGAAUGAGGUAGAUGGUGCCACAGAUGUCUGUCCUGUCUCUGAAAAACUAGCUGUUACAGAUGAUACGAGCUCUGACCUUCCACAUUCUACUCAUGUUCUGUCUUCUACUGUUCCUCUUGGACAUUCGGAAACACAUAAAUCUGCUGUUGAAACAAACACGAGAAGAAAUACUUCUACAAAAGGAAAGAAGAAGAUAAAAGAAAUCCUUCAAAAAGCAGAUGCUGCAGGGACAACUUCUGAUCUCUAUAUGGCUUACAAAGGGCCUGAGGAAAAGAAAGAGAGCUCAAAUGUUGUUCAUGAUGUUUCGAACCAGAACCUGUUACCUGCCAUACCUCAGGCUGUUGAAGCCAUUGUGGAUACUGAACCAGUGAAAAAUGAACCAGAAGACUGGGAAGAUGCAGCCGAUGUUUCUACACCAAAGCUGGAAACUGCAGAUAAUUCUGUGAAUGCAAAGAGAGGUUCCUCAGAUGAGGUCAGCGACAACUGCAUCAAUACAGAAAAGAAGUACUCCCGGGAUUUCCUCCUAAAGUUUGCAGACCUGUGUACUGCUCUUCCUGAGGGAUUUGACGUUUCGCCUGAUAUUGCUAAUGCCUUGAUUGUUGCAUAUAUGGGUGCAUCACAUCAUGAACAUGAUUCAUAUCCUACUCCUGGAAAGGUUAUGGAUCGCCAAGCAAGUGGUGCUCGUUUAGAUCGCCGUCCCAGCAACGUGGCUGGUGAUGAUAGAUGGACGAAGAAUCAGGGUUCUCUUCCAGCAGGAUAUGGGGGUAACGUAGGUUUCCGACCUGGUCAAGGAGGAAACUCGGGAGUUUUAAGAAACCCUCGUAUGCAGGGACCAAUUAUAUCUAGACCGAUGCAACCUGUGGGUCCUAUGGGAGGAAUGGGUAGAAAUACCCCCGACUUAGAAAGGUGGCAACGUGGUUCAAAUUUCCAACAAAAAGGACUUUUUCCUUCUCCGCACACUCCUAUGCAAGUGAUGCACAAAGCCGAGAGAAAAUACCAAGUGGGGACAAUUGCAGAUGAAGAACAAGCAAAACAAAGGCAGUUAAAGAGCAUCCUGAACAAGUUGACCCCACAAAACUUUGAGAAACUGUUUGAGCAAGUUAAAAGUGUCAACAUUGACAACGCUGUUACACUUUCUGGUGUCAUUUCACAGAUAUUUGACAAAGCCUUGAUGGAGCCAACAUUCUGUGAGAUGUAUGCAGAUUUCUGUUUUCAUCUCUCUGGGGCGUUACCUGAUUUUAAUGAGAAUGGUGAAAAGAUUACCUUCAAAAGAUUGCUUCUCAAUAAAUGUCAGGAAGAAUUCGAGAGGGGGGAGAAAGAAGAGGAGGAAGCCAGUAGAGUUGCCGAAGAAGGUCAAGUAGAACAAACCGAGGAGGAAAGGGAAGAGAAAAGACUUCAGGUGCGAAGGAGAAUGCUUGGUAACAUCAGACUUAUUGGUGAGUUAUACAAGAAAAGGAUGUUGACUGAGAAAAUCAUGCACGCAUGCAUCCAGAAGUUGCUCGGGUAUAAUCAAGAUCCACAUGAAGAGAAUAUUGAAGCUCUGUGUAAACUAAUGAGUACGAUAGGAGUUAUGAUCGAUCACAACAAAGCUAAGUUCCAGAUGGAUGGAUAUUUUGAGAAAAUGAAAAUGCUAUCAUGCAAACAAGAAUUGUCUUCUAGGGUGAGGUUCAUGUUGAUCAAUGCCAUCGAUCUGAGAAAGAACAAAUGGCAGGAGAGAAUGAAGGUCGAAGGGCCGAAAAAAAUUGAGGAAGUGCACAGAGAUGCUGCACAAGAACGCCAAACUCAAGCGAAUAGGCUUUCACGUGGACCCUCAAUGAAUUCGUCAGGAAGAAGGGGGCAUAUGGAGUUUAGUAGUCCUAGGGGAGGAGGAGGAAUGCUAUCACCUCCAGCUGCCCAAAUGGGUAGUUACCAUGGACCACCUCAAGGUCGUGGCUUUAGUAAUCAGGACAUUCGAUUUGAUGACAGGCCAUCUUAUGAGCCUAGGAUGGUUCCAAUGCCGCAAAGGUCAGUAUGUGAGGAGCCUAUUACCUUGGGUCCGCAAGGUGGUCUUGGUCAGGGAAUGUCUAUUAGAAGGCCUGCAGUAGCAUCAAACACUUAUCAGUCUGAUGCUACUCAGGCCGGUGGUGGAGAUUCUAGGCGACCGGCCGGUGGUUUGAAUGGUUUUGGCUCACAUAGACCUGCAAGUCCUGUUACUCACGGACGGUCAAGUCCUCAAGAGCGGGGAACAGCUUAUGUUCAUAGGGAAUUUGCAAGUCUGUCGCGUGCUUCUGAUCUGUCACCAGAAGUUUCGUCCGCUAGGCAAGUACUACAAGGGCCAUCAGCUACAGUAAACAGUCCUCGAGAAAAUGCUUUGUCUGAAGAACAGUUAGAGAAUCUGUCAUUGUCCGCAAUUAAGGAAUAUUACAGUGCCCGAGAUGAGAAUGAGAUUGGUAUGUGCAUGAAAGAUAUGAAUUCACCAGCUUACCACCCAACAAUGAUUUCUCUCUGGGUAACUGAUUCGUUUGAGAGAAAAGACAAAGAAAGGGAUCUCUUAGCAAAGCUCCUUGUGAACCUCGUGAAAUCUGCUGACAACGCCUUAAACGAAGUCCAGCUAGUGAAAGGGUUUGAAUCGGUUUUGAAAACCCUGGAGGAUGCAGUAAAUGAUGCUCCAAAAGCAGCAGAGUUUCUUGGUAGAAUAUUUGGGAAAAGUGUGACAGAGAAAGUAGUGACAUUGACAGAGAUUGGUCGGUUAAUCCAGGAAGGAGGAGAAGAACCAGGAAGUCUGAUAGAGUUUGGAUUAGGCGGCGAUGUUCUUGGGAGUGUUUUGGAGAUGAUAAAAACAGAAGCUGGAGAAGAAACGUUGGUUGAGAUUCGCCGGAGCUCAGGUCUGAGGAUUGAAAAUUUCAAACCUCAUGCACCUAACCGGUCUAAGAUAUUAGAGAAAUUUACUUAGGAAAAAAAAAUGGAACCAUCUUUUGGGUUCCUUUCUUCUUCUCUUUUUUUGUUUCUCUCUUAAAAGUCUUUUCUCUUUUCAAGUGCUUCAAACAAAACUAAUUUGUUAUAAAGGGAGUUUCUCUAUUUUAUUAUAUAGCAAAAAACUUCCAAAAUUUCUCAUUUCUGUGUUUAACCUUUUCGUACAUCAGUUUUAAAGCAC